AUGCUGGUAAGCGCGCCUCUCCAGUCCUACGAUCGUGCUUCUAUCCACCGGCCGCAGUACCACUCUUCUCGUCCGUACCACACGCCCACCGAAAAGGGCACGGCAGGUACAAUGACCCUCUCCAGCUCACACGCCGAUAUGGCGCACUUCACCGACGGUCGUCCGGCAGUGGGCACCAGCAGCAGUCACAGCCACAUCGAAACAUCGUCAUCCGCAUCCUCAGAGUCUGCCUCGGCGUCGCUGCCCUCGGCCAACCUCGCCCAGCCAGUGCCGACGCGACCAAAGAACCACGUCCGUGGCGUCGCGUCCGAUUCUCGUGUUUGGACCACAGGCCGCGGUUUCUUCGAAGGACGCUAUCGCGAGCGACAGUCAUACGUCAGUGCGCAAGAGCAGAAGGACCUCGAAGCAGAGCGCGACGCCAUCCUGCAGAUUCAGAACGUGCAGGCAGCCAAGCGUCGGGCCAAGAUGAUGAGGCUCACGCCCGCCUUCCCAGCGUCUAGAGAUAGCACCCACACGCCCAGCCCUCCUUCCAGCGAAGCCUCGUCAGCGCGCACCGCCAGCGACGAUGUCGCCACCCCUCCCGACAGCCGCGUUCCCUUCCCAAGCCCCAAAACCCGCAUCGGUCUCGCUGCUGCUCAGAACAUGGCUCCCCUCCACCCAGGCUCGAGGAAGGCCUUGGCUCUCAAGGCCAACAGCCCCGGUCCCGAGGUCCUCGGUGGCCUCAGCCUCGAUCUGCACUGCCUGCCAUCGCCAGCUGGCGACCGAUCCUCCAUCUCCUCGACCACAUCCACAAAUUCGGAGCUGCUCCGCAAAAAGUCGGGAGAGCCGGUCAAGUCGUCGCUGAAGCAGUAUUCGGGUAGCUACAUGGUUCCACGAUCGGCCAGCGAUGCCAUACUCCCUUCCUCGGCGUACGGCACCAAAUCCGUCCCUACCACUCCGAGCGCCCCCAAGUUCGUCCACUUUGACACUCAGCUCGAGCGCAUCAAGAUCUUCAAGGUCAAGGGCCGCCCGCAGGCCGUCUCACGCGAGGGGAGCCCCGAGCACACCGAGACCGAGACCGAGGAGGAGCGCGAUUACCCGUGGUUUGGUUCUCGCAGGGGCGGCUCUCUCGGGCGCACUGCAGGCUCUCGUAGCCCCACCAACCCAUCGACGCCUCCGGCUACCGAGCCAGAGGAGCAACUUGUUCUGCGCCUGCCCAACUUCCCCUCUUCCGCCAAAUUAUCCCUGGACAAGGACAUCUUCCUCGAACGCAUCUACCUCUCGGACGAUCUGCGCUCCGUCCGCGGCACAGUGCAAGUCAAAAACCUCAGCUUCGAGAAGUGGGUCGCCGUGCGCUUCACCCUCGACCAUUGGGCCACGGUCAACGAGGUGUCGGCCGAGUACUCGGAGAGCAUCAAGGACGGCACAGCCGACCGCUUCGUGUUUUCCAUCAAGCUCAACGAGGUGCUCAACUGGCCUCGCGGAGCCGGACUCGACGAGACCAAGACCAUCUUCCUCUGCCUCCGCUACACCACCGGCGGACGCGAGAUCUGGGACAACAACGACGGCGGCAACUAUCAGCUCGACUUCCGCAAGCGCCCUGCGCAGCCCGCCGAGGCGCCCCGCCUGCCUCCUACCUCGGCCGAAGGCCGCGCUGCGGCUGCUACGUUUGGCAACACUGUCCCGCGUCGGUACACGCUCAGCUCUAUGGGACCCACGUCCACCUCGUCCAUUAUCGAAAUGGGACGCAGGACUGGCGUCUACGGGCAGAAGGCGACGCGCGACAACGCCAUGGAGCGGCUCAAGCAGGAGCUCGAGCGCCUUCGCUCGGACGAGGAGGAGGCGGAAAAGGCCCCCAUGUCGGGCACAUUUGCAUCCGAGAUGUCGAAGCGCCGAUCGCCGCCCGUAUCGCCCGGAGGCGCCGGAAAGCCCAGCUCGCCAUCCAUGUGGUCUGCAAGGUACGACUUUGGUGCCUCGCUUCGCGAUCCCAAGAGCGGCAGCCGCAAGACCGAGGCUGGACGCGCCGCUGCCCUCGACUACUUCUCGGCGCGCCCGUCCGCAGUCGUCGCUUCUAGCCCCGUGCGCUCUUCGUUUGUCGUCAGCGCCGCUACGCCUUCCCCCGACGGCUCGACGCCGCGUUCCGCCGCCGAGCUUGUGCCCAAGUUCGGCCGUCUGGGCAUGUUGAGCCCGGGCCUGGGCGAGGUGGUCAUCGAGCACGCCGCCGUCAACAGCUCCAACACCAGCUCCCCAACCGGCUCGCUCCUCCAAGUGCCGCAGGUCGGUUCCAUCGCAGCAACCAGCCCAGCUGCGACGUCAGGCAGCCGCUUCAACUCGUUCCCACCGAACAGGAACGGCCAAGCUCGCAGUGUGUUUGGUAUCUGGGAUGACGAGGCCAAUGGCGGCAACGGCUCUGGCUCCGGCUCAGCGUCAGGCUCUGCUUCCGUCUCUAGGUCGGGCACACCGCCGUCGCCGAUCGGCUUCGCGACCACUAGGAUCGAGAUCAAAGGCGAUGGCACCGUUCUGGAAGACUACACCCCGGACGGCAGCCAGGCCUCGCCCAACUCGCUCAACAACUCUCCAAACCCCUUCUCGCCCGCCCUAUCAGCCAGCUCGGUCGACUCGGACUCCACCGCCAUGCUCGACACGAAGCCUGGCAUGACCAGCAGCCUCGACAAUCUCGGCAACCUCAGCGGCCCGUCUGCAUACCGCUUCCUGCGUGCUGAUCACCUGGAGGGCAGGACGCGUCCUUCGUCCUUCACCGCGGGCGACGAGGCUGAGCAGCACGGCUACUCUUCCUCGGCUCUCUCGUCGUCCACCACCAUGUCGCCUUCGUCCGAGCUCGCCACGCCGGACGAAGAAUUCAUGCGUCCGUCCAACCUCACCAGUUUCAACGAGCUUGUCGCCCGAUUCUGCUGGAACAGCGACAAUCAGGUACCCCAGACAAGUCCUGACGCCUCGGGGCUCGCCGCUCAUACACCCACGUCGGCCUCGGGGCGCUCCACCCCCAUCGCGCGUGCUGGAGGCGCCUACUAA